AUGACACACUUCUAUCAGGACAAGAAGGCGGGAUCAUCCUGCAGUAGCCAAGAAGCUAUCAGAGCGUUAGCUGCGCAGCUAACUCUGCAUUCGUCAGAAUGGACUUGCCACAUCAUGGAUAUAGAUCGACUAAACAGAGGACUCGUGGUGGUCCUCCGUCCGACUCUGUGUUGUUUGAUGACACAAGCUCCACUGCCCCAAUGA